AUGGUUUCUGUUAAAGUCUUGUUUUUCGGAGAAGCAUUUCAGUUGGUUGGAAAACGAGAGGAAACUGUCGAGUUUCCGGCUGAAACUGACUAUGAAGAGCUGAGGAGGAUUAUUUUAGAAAAAUACCCGGCACUGUCGAAAAUCGAAAAAGUGAUGAUGUUAGCAGUGGACCAAGAAUAUGCGAACCCCGGCGAUCGAUUCGAGUUGGAGCGUUUUACAGAAAUCGCAGUGAUACCGCCGCUGUCUGGUGGAUAG